AUGAAGAUAAAUUUUGAUCGGACGUACAGUGUAAACUUUAUAACGCCUCGAGCUGAAAAUACGCAUGGAUGGGUCGUGGUAUUGGGGGCUUGUUUAGUUUUUAUUUUCAACAUAUCGCUUGCGACGACAUUCAGUAUAAUAUUUUCGCCUAUAUUUGAUAAUUCCGAUGAUAAGUCUGUACGACUAGCUAUGAAUAUUUACGAAAUAUUAUCAAAUUUGACAGUCAUUUGUACGGGUUUUAUGUUGCGAGAUUUAUCAGCUAAACAUUUUGUUGUUAUUGGCAGUUCCUUGUUAUUUGUUGGACUCGUGAUUUCGUCAUUCGUAGUAAAUUUAGGGCAAUUAAUCAUAACAUUCAGCAUCAUCAUGGGGAUAGGAAUGGGUCUCUUGAAUCCCGCAACUUUUAUAGCUGUUCUAUCAUGCUUCAAUGCAUCUAGAAAUCGAGCAAUUGGCAUAGUUUUUGCAUCGUUGGGUCUUGGACAGUUGAUUAUGCCACCAAUUGCAAAUUAUUUAUUAGAAAACUUUACAUUUCGAAUAGUUAUAAGUUUUGUAGCUGCAUUAUCACUCAUUGGCCUUGUUGGAGCUCAUUUACUUGCACCAAUCAAAUGGAGAAGCUGUGAGGAGCAUCAUGAUCAUUACAGCAAUAGAAUCUACAAUAAUAAUGUCGAGGAAUGCCAAUAUCUAUUGCCAAAGAAUGAAGAAAUUUCGCAAAGUUCUGUUACGACAAAAAUUGUUCAUGCUACUGAUCUUGAGCUUUUAGUCGAUUACAAAUUUCUUGCUCUCGGCAUUGGACUUUCUUUUAUUUUGGCUAUGUCGGUUGACUUGACUAAAUUAUUGCCGACAUUCUUAACUACUAAUUUUGGCCUUGAAAGUUCCCAAGCUCAGAUCUGCACUUAUGUGAUCAGAAUAGCUGAUAUAAUGGCAAGAAUGAGUUUUGCGUUCAUAACGGACGCUUUUAAGCUAUCAUCAAAAACAGUUCUUCUAAUUGGCUUAAUUGGAACUACAGCAGUUAGACUAGUUUUGCUAGAUCCGUACCUAAACUUUGAGUUUAUCUUGUUUGUAUGCAUAACAUUAGGAACUUUCCGAGCAAUGACUGUCAUCAAUCAAAUUUUAAUCAUUGUUGACUUUGCAAAAGGUCGAUGUCCUAGACGAGUUCCUGGAAUGCUAGGAUUAUGCUAUGUGAUGAAGUCAAUUUUGGUGGUUGUUUCAGAAUGCUUAUAUGAGCACCUAGAAGACUACAACACUCAUAUUUUUAUACAUUUAGGGAUUCAAAUAAUUGUAAUAGUUUUAUGGAUUUGUAUUAUAUGA